AUGGAGCCUGAACAAAUAAGAAAAGAAAUCGAAGAGAGUCUUGACAAGUUGUACGACCGAGACGGGGAGUCAUGCCCUAUUCUGAAAUACAAGGGUGUUAAUUUCCCGAAUAUUCCCACCUUACCAGAGUCUUUAUCACAAAUCCACCUCUUUCCAGCGCAUAAAGAUGACAUCUUCAUAUGUGCAUAUCCAUGUUGCGGUACACACUGGAUGUGGGAAGUGACGAGCAUGCUUCUGAAGGAGAAAGCUGAGAGGAUCCAGGGAGUCAAAGAAGAAUUCAUGAUAGACUUCAUUCCAGCUCGAAAAUUUUCAGAAAUAUCUCCACCACGUCUGUUUAAUACGCAUCUCCAACCUCAUUUCCUGCCUGAAACUGUUCUCUCCCAGAACAAAAUCAUUUUUGUAGUACGCAACCCCAAGGAUGUGGUUGUUUCUUUCUAUAAGCAUUCAUAUGGAAUGCUACUCAGGCAAUAUAAUGGAACAUUUCCCAGUUAUUUUGAAAUGUUUAUAGAAAAAAAAAUCACAUUUGGAGAUUAUUUUGAAUACAUGAAUAAAUGGUGGCAAGUUAUCAAAGAUAAUCCAAACUGCUUGGUUGUCAGCUAUGAAGAAGCAUCACAGAAUUUACUGAAGACUGUGAAUAAAAUAGGACAUUUUUUGGGCAAACCACCCAGCCCUGAACUGGCUGCAGGCAUUACAGAAUUGUGCACUUUUGAUAGAAUGAAAAAAGAAAAAGUUUCUACCAUGGAUAAUCAAAACCAGGAUGAAUUCUGGAAACCAAAUUACUCAUUCUAUCGGAAAGGCAAAGUGGCCACAUGGAAAGAAUGGUUGACUGUGGCCCAAAGUGAGAGAAUAGAUGCUCGUGUGAAAACAGAACUUGCAGAUUGUGGCAUUCCAAUUGUAUAUUCUUUUUGA